UCCCCGGCUAUUCAAAUGCAAACGAGCGGGUAUAAAUAGAGAGAUUGCCAACGGCAGGGUACAGUGAAUAAAAAGGAGAUUGUACGCGUACCAGCUGCUAGCGAAACGUGCUUUUGGUGGGAGGAUUUUUUUUGAGUUUUAAAGAAAUAUUUGGGAAGGUUGUUGGAAUCCUAAACAAUAUGGCUCCAGCCUGCAAACCAGGAUCUGUCAGGGAUGAAGGAGACUUUUAUGCAGUGAAAGAAGAUCGGAAGACUCGCAAGCCACUGAUUGAGAAGAAGAGACGAGCCCGCAUUAACGAAAGCUUGCAAGAACUAAGACUGAUCUUGGCGGAUACGGAACUGCAGUCGAAAAUGGAGAAUGCGGAGGUGCUGGAGAUGACGGUGAAACGUGUCCAAAACAUACUUUGCAACAGAAAUGUUGAAAAGGACAGGUUUAACGAGGAAGCGAAUGAGAGGUUUGCAGCUGGCUACAUCCAGUGCAUGCACGAGGUCCACACUUUCGUUUCAAACUGUCCAGGGAUCGACUCUGGAGUAGCCGCCGAUUUACUGAAUCAUCUACUGGAGUCUAUGCCACUGAGCGAAGAUCACUUUCAGGAUUUACUGGGUGAAUUAAUGGCUGAAACGAGCCCCAGUAUGUGGCCUGGGCCUGACGAUGUGUGCCUUGUAUUGGCGUCCCCCACAGGUAGAGACCAACUCAGCUCCUCGGCACUGUCUCCUGUAUCCACUGCCUCCAGCGAUGAUGUGUACUCCGAUCUCGAUGACGUGGAUUCAUCUACUGCAGGGCAGAGCCCCUUGUUGCAAGAGAAAGUAGAUAACUGUAGGACAGAAAACACCUCCCCUGCAAUGUACUCAAAGUCGGUCUGGAGGCCGUGGUAAUCGAAUGGACCAGGACCGAAGAGAAGUAACAAAGCUGCCUUGUUUGGGGGUGGACAUUGGUUCUCCGUUUCGGAGCCAGUAGCAUGUCAUCACUGCCUUCAAUGAACAAUAUUGACUCAACAGCAAAUGCAGUAAUAUGAUUUGAAUGAGGAGAUAUGCUUAAAGAAACUGAACAAAAUAGCACUGGGAGUAAUACAAUACAAUUGGCCAAUACCCUAUUUUAAAGCUUAGCUGUGUUAGAUACUAUCAUGAAUUUCUAAUUGCGUCUCUGGAUAUAGAGGUAUUCGGGUUUCUCUUAGUAACAGAAAAGUGAAACAAAGCGCUUCUACAAAGCACAACAUUUAACCUUUUUUUUACAUUAUUGAGGGGAAAUAAAAUCGUGCACACAUGAUUAAACAUGUAAACACUCUAAUUCUAGUGGUUUAAAAAUGUUAUAAUCCCUUAAAGGGAUUGUUUUGAAGUUAGUUUUUACUGGUAACAGGGUCCACAGUAUCUACCUUCAGUGAAGGAAGACUGAAUUAGAAUUGUGCAGGAAAACAAGGUUAGAUGUAUAUGUACUUAUUGAUCCUAGGAGAAUGUCUUUUGGAAACUUGUGUACUGAUUCCCCCAUGCUUCUGUUCACAGUUACAUUUGAAAUGUUCUGCUAGCACAUUAAUGUGUUUUUUUUUAAUUGUGUGUGUAUAUUUGUCAGUGAUGUAAGUUUGACUAUUGUUUUGUCAUUUUUUUUGAAUAAAAACUUUUACCACUUUUAAAUGACUGUCUACUAAAUUAUACACUAUGCCACCUUCCUGCACCAUUAAAUGUUAUAGAGGUCCAGUACUAUUUCAGUUUAUGGCAAUAGAGCACCUUUUUAACAUUAAAUGGUACUUCACAAUUUGUAUUACUAGAGCACCUUUUUAACAUUAAAAAAGAUUCCAAGGUGUUUCACAGCAACAUUAGCAAACAAUGUUUGACACUAGCCUCCGAAGGAAAUAUUAAGGCUAAUGACUGAAAAUCUUGGCCAGAGAAGUAAGUUUUAAUAAACAUCUUAAGGGAUAUGGUGAAGUUAGAGAGGGAAUUCUAGGGUUGACUUUGCUAAAUUAGUGGAAGCUAUACCUUGUGUAUUCUUCACGGCAUGUAUUGUACAAAAUACAUCAUGAGAGAAGACUUGAAUUUCUCAUGGUUCUCAAGCCAGGUUGCCACACCAGAACCAUUGUAUGAUACCAUGAUGGAAUUAGUUCCCUAUAUGUUUUAACAAGAUAAUCCAUUCAUCUUUUACUGGAUGUAACAUGAGUAAAAGUAAUACAGGGCCUAAAUAUAUGGGUAACCAAACUACUAGGUCCUAAGAUCUACUGUAACAUUUCCCAAAUAAGUCCUUCAAGAACUGUGAUGCUUAUUCAAAGGAAGCCAGAGUUAGAAAUGGGAAAAUGAUCGAAGUAUAAUGUCAUUCAUACUAGUAAGUUGUAAAAACCUAUUGUCAGAAUUAGCUGUGAUUCAUGUGACAUUAUUUGGAAGAAAGAACACUGCAAUUUAUUAGUGUGUGGGUGUACACUGUUACAGCAUGCAAUAGAAUUGUUACUUUUGCCUCCAUUUUUAAAGGUUUGCUUAUGCAUUGUCACAAAAUUUGUGUCAACUCUAAAAUCAGGCCCUAAUCUCACAAAUGUAUUCAGUAAAAUCAACCAGUGUAAGACUUUUUCCCAGAGAUUAUUUGAUAUUAGUUUAAAAGAGUAAGAACUUAAAAGCAAAGCUGUAUAUCAAAGGUUUUGGGAAGUUUUGUUUUGACUAAACUUCAAACUUACUUCAUUGGCUGUAAAGCACUUGGGAAGACCAAAGGCUAUGAUUGGCAUUAUAUGAAUGCAAGUCCAUUUCCUGGAUUAAUCAUGCAAUUUGUAUCAGUGUUUUGUAUGUUUGAAUGUUCAGUAAAAAUAAAGAGUCAUACCUGC